CUUCCCACAAAUCCAUUAAUGAUUAACUACUCAACUAACUAAAAAGAUCUUACUAGUAAUACAUUAUUUGAUGUUAUUACUAAAUUGACCCUCGUCUUCACCCAAAUUUCCAUAAACACACUCUUAAUUAGCGCCUAAAAUCCGUUUGUCUUCGUUCUUCGACUUCCUUAUAAACCGGAGUCAAACCAACCAUAUCUUUCUAUAAUCUUCUUUUAUUCUUAGAUUUUAAUCUCUUCUUUACUCGUUCGUGAUCGUAGUCGUUGGGAAGAGCGGGGGGUGGCAUUUUGAGUAAAUAAGUGAUGAAGUUGAGGGCGGGGUCGUUGUUGCUGUUUUUGAGUCCGUAAUGGGCGUAGCAGCCAAGGCGUGGAGGUUUAGCGUGACAUCGGCGAACCUGGCGCUGUUACAGCAUCCGAACGGCAGCGUUCUAAGCAACAAGCAUGUGUUCUGGAGGUGGCGAUCCUUUGCGGCGCAGCAGAGGAAGCCGAUCUCGUGGUCACUCCUCUGUGGCUUGAUGCUCUUCUGCUUAGGCAUGAUUUCGCUCUUCACUGGACACGUGGCGUCUGAUCUCGAGUGGUACUCUCAACGACUUGUGGAACGAAGUCUCUAUUUCAAAUUGGAUGUAAUUAAUAAAGGACCGAUCGAUAUAUGGAAAUCAGAAUAUGCAAAAUACUUCUAUGGAUGCAGCAAAAGAAGUCGUGAAUUUCCUCGAGUGGAAUUAACUCAUUCCGACCACUUUGAUGCUACACAUGAGCGAUCAUCAAAUGGUUAUUUGCUUAUUGCUGCAAGUGGAGGACUGAAUCAACAAAGAACAGGAAUAGCAGAUGCUGUAGUUGUUGCACGGAUUCUGAAUGCAACCCUAGUGGUACCUGAGUUGGAUCAUAAUUCCUAUUGGAAGGAUGAUAGUGACUUUGUCGACAUUUUUGAUGUCAACUGGUUCAUUUCUUACCUUGCAAAAGAUGUUACUAUUGUCAAAAGAGUUCCUGAUAAAUUCAUGCGAUCAAUGGAAAAACCUCCGUAUACUAUGCGUGUACCAAGGAAAUCCCCUCCAGAAUAUUAUCUAGAUCAAGUCCUGCCAAUACUUAAAAGAAGACAUGUCCUGCAACUGACAAAGUUCGAUUACAGACUGGCCAGCAACAUAGAUGAAGAGCUACAAAAGUUGCGUUGCCGGGCUAAUUUUCAUGCUUUAAGAUUUACAAAACCUAUUCAAGAACUUGGACAGAAACUUGUCAUGAGAAUACGUGAGAUGGCAAAACAUUUUAUUGCAGUCCACUUGAGAUUUGAACCUGAUAUGCUAGCAUUUUCUGGUUGUUACUUUGGUGGAGGGGACAAGGAGAGAUAUGAGCUUGGAGAGAUACGAAAACGAUGGGCAACUUUACCAGAUUUAAGUGCUGCUGGAGAGAGGAGCCGAAGUAAAUGUCCACUUACUCCUCAUGAAGUUGGAUUGAUGCUGCGGGCACUUGGUUUUGCAAAUGACACAUACCUUUAUGUUGCAUCUGGAGAAAUAUAUGGUGGAGAAGAGACUCUGCGACCUCUAAGAGAACUCUUUCCAAACUUCUACACUAAGGAGAUGUUUGCUAAUGAUAAGCUGAAACCUUUUCUUCAGUUCUCUUCUCGCCUUGCUGCCAUUGACUACAUUGUUUGUGACGAAAGUGAUGUUUUUGUCACCAACAAUAAUGGAAAUAUGGCCAGGAUUCUUGCAGGUCGAAGGAGAUACAUGGGGCACAAGAGGACCAUAAGACCAAAUGCCAAGAGACUCGGUCCUUUGUUGAUGGAAAGGGAUCAGAUGGAUUGGGAUACCUUUGCCAGAAAGGUGAAGGCGGUUCAAAGAGGAUUCAUGGGAGAGCCAGACGAGAUGAGGCCAGGACGUGGUGAAUUUCACGAAUAUCCAUAUUCUUGUAUCUGCAAAAAGCCACUCAGUGAUACUGUAGAUAACAAGAGUGGAGAUCCUUAGAACAAAUCAGAAGAAAUCAAGGGUUGACGAAAAGAAAGGAAGUAGAGCCAGUUUUAGGAGCCAAGGAAGACGAAGUUUUUCCUGAUUAAGGGGGAAAAAAAGAUGCUGCAGGCUGAUUUCAUCAUAACCAGAACU